GGUGUAUACACGUAACUACUUCUCUAAGGAGAUAUCUGCGAGAUGAAUCGUGAUUAUUAUUAUUUUUUUGCAUAGAACAUAUAAAAAUGACAAUUUGCAAAAGGUAGUUGAAACGUUAGUAAUAUUUAACACUGCUCAGUUAUUAAAACAGGAUAUUGUUUUGACGUUUGAUAAUAUUCCAAAACAUUACAACAAUUCUUUCUGAUUGGAAUAUUGGAGGUAUACAAGAUGCAUGAAAGUAUAGAUGAUAUAUGUAAAGCAAUUGAUGAAAAUUUAUUGCGUAAUUUAGAGCUAAUGGAAGGGAAAAUUAUUGUCAAUGUUCAACUAGAAAACAUAUUGCGUGAUGGUCAUAUUGAAUUAGCUAAAGCUAAAUAUAUACGUGGCAAGGAAAGCAUAAGUGUGCUACAGAUUCCUGAUGAUGAUGAAAAAGUUGCUACACUAUUUGAAUUAGAAACAAAGAUAACUGAAGAAACAGGGAAAAUAAUACCAAAUUUUGAUAUAAGCUUAAAAAAGUUAGAUAAAGAUGGAGGAGAGAUUCAAGAUCCUAUAAAAUGGUUUGGUGUACUAGUUCCACAAAGUUUACGAAUUGCUCAAAAACGAUUUCAAGAGUCCCUUUAUCUUGUCAUAAGAGCAGCAAACAUACAAGCAGAACUCAACUCUGUAUUAGACAAAUUAAAGUCUUUAUACUUUUUGAAGAAUGAUUCUUGUUUGAUAGAAACCAAUAAAAAAUAAAGAUUAUUAUAGCGUGUUCGAA